AUGUUACCUCGCACAGACCUUGGAACAGCAUUGUUCUUCACUGGAGGUGCUAUACCAUAUACAUUCCAAAAUAGUAUGGCUGUAUUUCCUUUACCUGGUCAAGAAUACUCCAUGUUAACUCAGGCUGCAGCUCCGUAUGCCACAAUGAUGCUGCCUCAACCAGCCGGAGGUACAGCGCUUUAUCUGCCUGCAUCUUUACAUUCCAAUGCAACUGCUCCUGGAUCAGCUUAUGCGCAUAUUUCACAGCAUACAGUAACAGCAGCACUUCAACAACAGUUACAACAAACUGGAAAUAUCUCUGGUUUGGCUCCAGCUGUUGUCGGUCAAAUAGCCCCGGUUAAUGUUACCACAAACAACACUAGUCCUCCGUCUCAGUCGACUACUGCAGUGAUGGCUGCUGCAGCUGCUGCUAUGGCGGCUGCGGUCCAAUGGCCACAACAGACAGCUCAAAAUAAUCCUCAUGGCGCUCAACAAUUAGCUGCUAUGGCAGCAACCCAUGGUGCUGUACAAGCCACCAAUGAUCAUCAUUCUGUUGGUCAGACAACAAUCACUCAACAGCAAGCUGCUGCUGCCGCUGUUGCAGCUCAACAACAAACAACCUGGCGUUGGUCACCAAACUUGCAGAAUACUAUGAACGGUACAAGUCCUCAAUCGGGUAUAUGCACAGGUGUAAGCACAACAUCUCCAGGUAUUGGAGUGACAACCUCCUCACCGACUAUUCAGUCUACGCAUAACGUUCAAGGGAAUCAACAGUGUUCAAACAAAGCUGCCUAUGUGUAUAGCCCAUUAAUUGGGGGUAGUCAUGAAGUAAUGCUCUUCCACCAACAGACAAGUUCACCAUUCACAGGAAAUUCAACUAGUGAUUACAGUACUGAUCACAGUACACAUUCAUCGGGUAUCAUGGAAUCGGUUGAGUCUUUAAGUUUUCAUUAUGGUGGUACACCGAUUGGUCGUCAAGUACAACAACAACACCACCAGCAACAUCAGCAGCAACAACAACAUUUUACUGGAAAUCAACUAACUAAUAUUUAUCAUACUACACAUAUGGAUAAUUCAUGUCUAACACCGUAUACACCUACAUUUACACCAAUAUUAGAAUUCCCUUCUCAUUCUCAGUGUAUAGGUCGACAAAAUCCACUUCAUCAAUUCACAUCAACACCACAAUUACAACAAAAUUUACGUCAAAGUCAAGUGCAACCUGAAAUGCUAUCAAAUCACCAAGUUAAUGCAUUCGUAUCAAUUGUUAAUCCAUCAGUAUCAUCACAUUUGAAUAAAAUGUUAACUACUACAUGUCCUCGUCAGCUAUCAACUACUGUUUAUGGAAAUCAUCCAACAAAUGCAACAUUAAAUGAUAUGAAUUCAUCAAAUGAUCUAAAUCUAUCAUCAAUCAGUCAAGUUCAAUCUAGUGCCACAAUUGGUGUUCAAGGUAGCACUAAUCAAAUCAUAUCACAGUCAUCUACUUCUGUGUUAACUUCUACAACGUCAACAUAG